AUGGAUGCAACUCGCAAAUGUCGUGCUUGUUCUGACUUUAAAUCAUGGGCCGGUCUGCAGGAGACCCAAGCAACCAAUCAAAAACAUACUACUAAACCUGAUCCUCCCGUAGCUCAAGAUAACAAGUCGACUGAAAAGAAAGAAUGUCCAUUAUUUCUCGGCGAAUUAGGGCGUUCGACCUGGGGAUUUCUACAUACCAUGGCCGCUUACUACCCUGACAAUCCAAGCCCAUCACAAAAGGAAGACAUUCAUAAAUUUAUGCACCUAUUUUCAAAAUUUUUUCCAUGUGAUGAUUGUGCUACUCAUUUAAGAAGUUGGAUGAAAGAUAAUCCACCUCAGGCUGAAAAUCAAGAUCGCUUUUCCAAAUGGAUGUGUUAUGCCCAUAACGAAGUGAACGGCAGGCUAGGUAAAAAAUUAUUCGAUUGUUCAAAAGUCAACGAACGAUGGCGUGAUGGAUGGAAAGACGGUUCUUGUGAUUAA